AGAAUUAUUUAGUUAUUAGUUAUAACUUGAAAAACAAGAAGAAAACUAUAAAAAAUAUGUCAAACAGUAAUCAAAACAUUAAUUUCAUUGUACGGACAAUACGAGUGGCCGACUGUCCAGAUCUACGUGAACUGUGGUGUCAGAUAUAUUCAAAUAAGUCGAGUAAAUUCAAAUCGGCGCCCGAAGUGGCCAUCAGUAUAGAUCCAAACGGUCUGUUUGUAGCACAGGAUCUCAGUACAGGAAAACUAAUUGGUUCGUGCAGUGGAAUUAAAGUUUCACCAAACCUGGGCUUUAUUGGUGGUUACGCUGUAAGUCCGGAAUAUCAGGGACAGGGAAUCGGACCGGUUAUGUGGAAAAAAGUUAUGGACUAUUUGGGUGACAUCAAUAUAGCACUGUUUCCUCGCGAUCAAGAAAUGGGCGAAAAAUAUGGAAAGAAAUGGAACUUUCAGAUCGCAAAACACAAACGACUGGUGCAUAUGACAGGAAAGGUUGUCUUAAAUGAUGACAUAUGUGUUAAAAAUAUUGAUGGGAUAACUGUGUGUCCGAUCACUACUGAUUUAUUGUCCGGUGUUAUUGAUUAUGAUAGCGACGUAUGCAAUGGUAUAGACCGCAGACUAUUCAUAGAAGGUGUUAUCAAUUUCCCGGAAACCUGGAAUUUGGUCGCUAUUAAUGAGCGCCGGGAGGUCUGUGGCUAUUGUAUUAUAUACAGUGCUAACUGUGACGUCACAAUCGUCGGACCGCUUUAUGCAGACAACGAACAAUUAGCCGAACUGUUGGUCACCCGAUGUCUGCAACUCCUACCCGAAGAUCGGCUUCAAAAUGUCAAAUAUCACUGUUGGGAUAUAAAUCUCAAAAGUAUUGCAAUCGCCGAGAAAUUUGGACUAAAGUUAACCGUAAACAGACCCAUAAUGUACUCAAAACAGACAAUUGACGGCAAAUUAGAUAAAAUUUUUACCGUUUCAAGUACUAUGUAUUAUCCGUUUUAAUAAAAUUUUAUAAUUA